CUUGGAUUCCCCCGCAAGGGCCCGUUGAUGGGAAGGUGCGAUCUAUAAAUGCUGGCUACUCGCGUGGUCUUUUCCCGUUCGCCGGAAGAUUGGGAAUCAAGGAUUAUCAAAGAUCAUCUUGAUACCAGAGCUGACCCAAUUCGCCGGAGCUUGUUAAUACUAUCGCAAAUAAAGGAGCAUUCUUCGUCUGUUCCUAGAGUUUUGAGGGAUUUACGGUUAUAUACGAUUAAUUUGAGUUCCCAGGAUAAAUCGUCGAAUUGCUGAUUGGUGGCCAAUUUUUAACAGAUAUGGUUUACCCGGUGGGUGUUAAAACAAAGUCUAUGGUUCCUGAUGUAAGUUGGAAGAUGGUCAGCAAAGGAAGGAGAACUACGAAAUCAAAUGCUAGAAGCGUUAACAGUGAUGUAAAAUUGGUCAAUAGGAGUCCCAAGAGGGUAGGAGACUUCUCAUGCUCUGAUUCAUAUAAGUUUGGCGAAGCUGUCAAUAGGCAUCAUGUUUCUAACAACGUUGAGCACGUACCAAUUAAGAAAAGGAGGCACUUGCUUCAAUCUUCAUUGCCUUGUCAGCUUCCUUCUAGUUGUUGUGAAGAAGCCGUGCCUUCUGAAUUUUUCCUGCCUACACAAUCUGAAGAACUUGAGUUGUUAGGUCAAAUGAGUUCAGACUCAUAUUCCAUUGGGCAGUUUCCUAGUGUCAUCAAGGGAAACAUCAUGGAUGAUAAGUUGACUGAGGUCACAAAUGUGGGUUAUUACAAAGGUGGAGAUUCCUCAGGCAUCGCAAUUCUGGCAGCAGCUGCAUGUAUUAGUGGCAUUGAUGAUACAUCUAGCGAGAAGUUAGAACAUAAUAAUUUGGAUUCAGCUGGAGGAGAAAUGCUUCCUGACACCAAGGUGGUUGAAUGUGCUGCUUCUCAUAAAAAGUUCCCAAUUGUUUUGGAGGAUCUUAGUGAAUGCAUAGAAGACGGGGAAUUCGUAAGAUCCAUUUCUCCAAAAAUUGACAGACAGUAUUGGGACCUUAAUACUUCAAUGGACUCAUGGGAGCAGCCUAACAAUGAUGAUGCAGUUCGGAGUAAUGUCUCAAACAAUGUCAUUUACAAUGAAAAGCGAAGUGAAGAAGUCAAGACAAACAUUCCCAAAGACCAUUCGAGUUCUGAUACUUUUCCAGAUAAUAACAAUGUUGAGAAGUGUAUACCUUUGCUUUCGGACACAGAAGAAAAUAAGAGUGGGACAGUUUGUUCUCUUAAUGCAACCUGUGUGGAGGAGAUUUCCGCUUCAAAUAUGGGGCAUCUUAAAGCUAUAGUACGUGAGAUUCCCCAUUCUGAUGAAUCUGCAUCAAAAGCCUCUGCAUCAUCUGUAACUGGUGAAGUGAAUGGGAAACAGGAUAUUGUUUCUGCUCCUAUUACCAUUAUAACCGAUUCUGGUGUGCAGUUUGAACAUAAGGAACCCAUUCCCAAUUGUGCUGCUAACAGCUGUUCUUCUAACAAUGAGGAUCAAAGUCUGCAAGACUUGAAAAAACACGGUCUCCCGGGACCACCACAUACUGAUGAUACUGCUUCUCAGUCCAUGAAGUUCAGGAUGAGCUCAUCUCUUGAAGAAGAUGCACACAACAAUCCAGAUGUUUCACAUGGCGAUCUGGUUAAACAUAAUGAAUAUGUGCCCGGAUUUCAGGCUGGUAAUGAUGACUCUCUCUUUGAACAUGGGGAAUUACAAGGACCAGUUUUGUUUCCAUGGGAGGAAAAUGACGGUGAUUAUGAGAUGGAAUGUGUUGACUAUGGAUCAGACGGAGAUGAUUUGCUGCAUUCUUCAGGUUAUCACAAGGAUACAGAACUUGUUGAAGGUAGUUCACAAGGUAUAGAGACUAUAAAAUCCUCUGCUAGCAUAUGUCGAGAGGCAGAUUUGGGUAAGACCAGCCCUUUGAAAUCUUGCUCCAAGCAAUCCUUGACAGGCGACUCCCAUGUUAUCGAUGUUGGUAGGCAGAAUGAAUCAGGUGCAGCAGAUCAUGCUGGCAUGAGCAUGGAGGGAAAUAUUGACCCGAGAGAGGGGCAGGGUACUGAUAAUAUGGACUCACUUGGAUUCUGUGAGGCAUUUGACAAAGAAACUGGUUCACGCACACACAAGGGUAGGUUGCAGUCACACAUUGAAGUCCCGCUGUGUUUGGAUGCAACAGAAAGUAAGGAUGAGAAAUGCAGGAACCCCCAUGUGGCAGGUGGUUCAUACCCUAGACUGAAAAGAGAUUUUAGCCCAGAAGGAAGAUACUUCUCUGCUCAUUACCCCAGGGGCAAGAAUGUGGUUAAAGGCAAUUGGGGCUCCAGGAACAGCCCGUAUUUAUCUAGAUAUAAUGACUCCGAGAAUCAUGGCUUUACCUGGAGAAGACAUUCUGCUACUUCUAAUGGCGAUUUUGAAACUGACCUUCACCACUAUCAUCCACAUUCUCCUAUGGGUUAUUUGCCCAAAAGGUCAAUUGUUGGAAGGAGGACAUUUGUUGACAGGGAUGAUGAUUGUCUUGAUGUUCCCCGUAGACUAGUGAGGGGAGGAAUCAAUAGAGAGGAGAGGGAAGGUUUUAGAAGAAGAACCAACCACCAACAGAUUGUCGGGGUCUUCAUGAAGAAGGGUCAUAUCUCUUUACCUAGGAGAUCUCAUUCGCGCUCUAGAAGCCCUGGUUCACAAAGAGAGGGGACUCUGAGAAGAAGAACAAGACGAAGCAUGUCUCCUGAUUCUUCUAGAACACGAGUCCCAUUUCAAAAGCCCCAUGCUUCCAAACGCGGAAGAGAAGGCUUUUUGUCUUCAACCCGGGACCAGAAUCCUAGGUGGACUGAUGAUCGAAGUUUCGCGGGCAACCAUUUGAGGCAAGAAAGAGUUCAUCUGGGGGACAUCGGUAGGCUAAGAUUUGGCGAUGUUGGGUCUCGCCUAGGGAAGCCAGAUGAUUACUCUAGGAGGCGAUUUGAACCGGAGAGCAGGUAUAAUAACCAGAGACGACAUGAUGAGAUGAUGCAGCAACAAGGGAGGCGCCAUUUUGAUGAUCGAAGGAGCGCGCUCAAGAGGUAUAGAGAAGACGUUUCUUCUUAAUAAUUACAGUGAUCUUUCAAUCGGAGCCAGUGCUCAAUGGUUUUUGUUACUCAGUAAUACAGAAUUUAAAUAGUUUUGCUGAUCAAUCAAUCCAUUAUUUUCUCAGUCUAGUGUGGGCAAAUUUAUUUGAUUUUAUAGGUUUCCAAAUUAAAAUUACCACAAACAUGAACCACCGAGCAAUUGAGAUUUUAUUUGGCAACUUAAGCUGAUGUCAAAUUGAUUAGGAAUACUAGGAUAAAUGUUUGAUUGUUUC